AUGAAUGGGCCUUCCGAAGCGAGGAUUUAUCUUCAGGAUCAUCGGAUCCCGCAACUGUUUGAAGGUUUGAUGACUGGUUUAAUAUACAGUCGACCCGAUGAUCCUCUGCAAUUUUUGGAAGAAUCCAUUGUCAAAAUUCGUGCCACACCCGGUAUCAAACUCACAUGGGAUAUGUUCAUUCCACCAGAUGCAGCUCGAAACUAUCCACCUCGAUCAACACAACCACGACGGCGAGAACCCUCUCAACCUGCUGUGAUACCUCGAUCUCACUCAGUUCAAUCAGAUCAUCCGAACAGAACUGGUCCUCCAACAGCUCCAACAGGAAGACCAGAAGAACCAGCUGCUGAAGAGUUUGCUGUUAUAUCUCGCGAACCAUCAAGAGCCGAAACUGUUGAACAUCGAACGCCAGAGCCAAGACCGCCAACAGAAACGAUUAAAGAAGAAGAAAUGGUGGUUCAUCGUGUUCCUUCAGUGACUCGAGCUGCUGAAGUUGCCAAAAUACCAGACGUUCCUAUUAUUUUAUUCAUGGGGGGACCUGGAGGCGGAAAAACACGACAUGCUGCUCGAGUGGCAGAUUCUCUUGUUGAUAACGGAUUGGUACACAUUUGUAUGCCGGAUAUUAUUCGAACGGCACUUGGAAAGUAUAAAGACAAGUAUCCGGAGUGGAAGGAUGCAAAUGAACAUUACAUGAGAGGAGAGUUAAUACCAAAUCAAUUGGCAUUGACGUUAUUAAAAGCAGAAAUGGGAAGACAUCCGGAUGCUCUAGGAUACUUUUUGGAAGGAUAUCCAAGGGAAGCAAGACAAGUUGAAGAUUUUGAGAGACAGGUAAAAUCUGUAAACAUGGCUCUCAUACUGGACUAUGACGAAAGAACCCUUCGUGAACAUAUGGAGAGAAGAGGCCUUGGUAUGGAAAUAAUUGAUCAGAAGAUAAAGGAAUUCAAGCAGAAAACGCUGCCAUCCGCAAAGUACUUUGACGAUCAGAAGUUACUUCAUCUGAUACCAGGUGAAAAAGACGACAACGUGAUUUACGAGAAAAUGAAAACUCUCGUUGUCAAAGCUCUUGAAACUGGUGUGCCAGUACUUGCAGCACUUCCACCACUUGCUGAGAGACAUCAUAUUGCAACUCCACCGGCGCCUGAACCAGCGAUACCAUCCCCAGUAAUGGCUGAAUCUGAACUUUCUAGCAGUGAAGUUAACACGAGUAUUGCAAAUCAUGAAGAUAUUAAUCACGAUAUAUCGACGUCAGCGAUUCGAGAACCACGGUCUGUUGCACAAACGCCUCUUCAUUCUUCCGGAUCGGGAGCCGCGGCAGGAGACGGAGAGCAUGGACCAGAGACACCCGCUGUUCAGACGCCCGAUGAGAGUAGAGCCACUUCAACAGCAAGAUCGAGAGAAUCGGCUGGGAAAGAGAAAACAUCUACUCCUGAUAGAGCACAUACUGGAGACUCUGCAACCAAUCACGCCUCUAAUGGAACGCUAGAACGUAACUCUCCUGCCGAGCUCGGAGAACCAGUGGGACUUCCAAAUAAUGCACCAGUAAUUUUGGUACUAGGUGCUCCGGGAUCUCAGAAGAAUGAUAUCAGUAGACGAAUCGCUCAGAAAUAUGAUGGUUUCACUAUGCUCUCAAUGGGUGAUAUUUUGAGGAAAAAGAUAAACAACGAGAAAAACGACGAAAUGUGGGAAAAAGUGGCAAAGAAAAUGAACAGUGGAGAUCCUAUACCAACAAAAAUGUGUCGGCAAGUACUUUAUGAUGAACUACAUACCAGAGGCACAUCAAAUUGGGGCUAUGUGAUAGAAGGAUACCCAAAGUCGCCAGAUCAACUUGUAGAUUUGGAACAUUCGUUACAACGAACGGAUUUGGCUAUACUUAUCGACUGCACUGAGCAAUUUUGCGUUGAAGUUAUCAAUAAAAGAAGUCAGGAAAACAAGAGAUCAGAUGAUGAUCAAGAAGCAGUACGCGCCAGAUUAGAAUAUUUCAAAAAGAACACACUUCCUAUGCUCAAAACGUUAGAUGACAAAGGCAAACUGCGAGUGGUUGAUGGAGAUGCCGAUCCAGAUACUGUGUUUAAGGAGGUUAUCCAAGUGAUUGAUAAGACACUUUUCAUCGAAGAUGAUGGAGACGGAACAAGUCUUGGCGACUCGAAAAAAGGGACUCUCAACUCUUCUAUGAACUCAAAUCAAUAA